CAUGUAUUCACUCCAGCAUCUGUUACAAGACUGACUAUGACUAACCACCUUGCCCACAAAAACACAUCGCAGCACAUCGGAAUAUUCACGGUCACCAGAAGUAAACAAAGCAUUUUCAUUGGCGAAUACCAUUUAGACUAUAUAAUUAGCAAAGAGCACGUCAUUUCAACGUUUAGACCCUCACGAUCUAAAUGCAAAGAGCACGUCUUUCAGCUUUUAACGAUACAUCAUUCACCAUUGCAAAGAGCACGUCAUUUCAACGAUCAAGUCCUAAUGACCUUGUCGUAAAGAGCACGUCUUUCAACAAGUAGCAAGAUUUUAUGAUCCAGCAAGGUAAAGAGCACGUCAUUUCAGCAGUCAAGGUCUCAUUACCUUGAUGCAAAGAGCACGUCUUUCAACCCAAAACUUUUUUUUUUCACUAAUUUAUUUUGUCAGGUUUUUGUAAUAUCAAGGCUCACACGGUUAUAGCCUAACAAAUACUUUAUAAUAACAACAACGUAAAUCAUAAUCAUUACUCAUGUCUCUAAAUAUAACAUACAACAUUCUCAUAAUACCAACAAA